ACUCUCAAGGUCGUUUAGGCGCCCUCUCUUCGUUUGUGACCUGUCGAGUCGAACAUCCAACCGGUCUGUGAGAACUCACCCACACCGUCUCCAGUUCCUAAUAUUUCCUCGGCCUUUACGAAACAGUAGAUCAGGCAAGACCCAAGAUGCCUGUCAAAUCAAUCAAAGCACGUCAAAUUUUUGACAGCCGUGGAAACCCAACAGUUGAAGUAGAUGUGACCACAGAUCUUGGACUGUUCCGCGCUGCUGUACCCAGCGGUGCCUCAACAGGCAUCUAUGAAGCUGUGGAGCUGAGAGACAAGGGUGCACAGUACAUGGGAAAAGGUGUACUGACUGCUGUGAAGAAUGUGAACACAGAAAUUGCUGAUCUCAUCAUCCAAAAACAACCUGAUUUGAAGGAUCAGCGGGCUGUGGAUAAGCUGCUUAUUGACCUGGAUGGAACUGAAAAUAAGGGUCGCCUGGGAGCCAAUGCCAUCUUGGGAGUGUCCAUGGCACUGUGCAGAGCUGCUGCCGCAGAGAAGGGAGUGCCCCUGUACCGCCACAUCCAGAGCAUUGCGGGGACCAAGCAGCUGUACCUCCCCGUGCCAGCCUUCAACGUCAUCAACGGAGGGAGUCACGCGGGCAACAAACUGGCCAUGCAGGAGUUCAUGCUUCUGCCCACAGGUGCUAGCAGCUUCACUGAGGCCAUGAGGAUUGGCUCAGAAGUUUACCACAACUUGAAGGCAGUCAUCAAGAAGAAGUACGGCCAGGAUGCCUGCAAUGUGGGAGAUGAAGGUGGCUUUGCCCCUAACAUUCAAGACAACAUGGAAGGUCUUGAGCUGUUGAACGAAGCUAUUGAGAAGGCUGGUUACACGGGGAAGGUGGAAAUUGGUAUGGAUGUGGCAGCUUCAGAGUUCUACAAGGAGGGAAAGUACGAUCUGGACUUCAAGAACAAGGACUCAAACCGUAAUGACUGGGUAACAUCUGAUCAGUUAGGCGAGAUCUACAAGUCCUUUGUCUCUAACUACCCAGUGAUCACAAUUGAGGAUCCCUUUGAUCAGGAUGACUGGCAGGCGUGGAGCAAGAUGACAUCCAACGCUGGCAUCCAAAUUGUUGGGGAUGAUUUGCUUGUGACCAACCCAAAGAGAGUACAGAAAGGUAUUGAUACUAAAGCCUGCAACGCUCUGCUCUUGAAAGUCAACCAGAUUGGCACAGUCACAGAGGCCAUAGAUGCAUGCAAGAUGUCCCAUGAGGCAGGCUGGGGAGUGAUGGUGUCCCACAGGAGCGGAGAAACAGAAGACACAUUUAUCGCUGAUCUUGUUGUGGGCCUGUCCACUGGCCAGAUCAAGACGGGCGCCCCCUGCCGCUCGGAGAGGUUGGCCAAGUACAACCAAAUAUUGAGGAUUGAGGAGGAGCUUGGAGCAGACGCCAAGUACGCUGGCAAGAACUUCAAGAACCCCAACCAGUAGAUGAGCAGAGCCAACAGCAGAAGCUCGUCUGCUUUUUUUCUAUUCCCAGGUUUACUCAUCAAUCUCUCAACAUUACUCUGAGCUUGUACAUUUUUGAUAUCAUGUAUUAUAUUUAUUUUUGACUUUGUUUCUGUUGAUCCUUCAGCAUCAUGACUUCUACGCUGAUCGGAAUGUUCUGUUACUUGCUAUGACAAGAUUCCACCUGCCGUGAGGCAAAAACUGGUCUAUGUACUUCACUUAAGAAACAGAAUGCCCUUUUGAAAGAAGUAUUUUUUGUGGAAGAAAACUUUUUUUCAAGAUAAAGACUAUCAGAAUGGAAAGCAGCAGAAGUAGGCUUUGUUCUUUUGCUGGCUGUAGGGGAAAAGUCUGUGACUGUAUGAUUUGUCCUUAGCUGUCUCUACAGUUUUCUACUUGCACUGUAUAGGUUUUGUCCACAUCUUUCAUUGUUGUGAACUCUCUGUGGUAGAUCGAGAAAAACACUCAAAAGAAUCUCUAGCUUAAUUGUUGAAUAUGAUUAUACCUGUUGCCAUUUUUUCCUCGUCUAUAACUUUUGUACUAAUUUUUAGUAUACUGAAAAAACCCAACUGUUUUUGGCGGUGAUUUACAGAGCCUUGGUUUUCCCCUAGUUUUUUAGUUUUUGUGUCUUUGUUUCUAUUUAGAUGAGAUAUAUCGUCUUGCCAUGUGCCUGUCCUUUUUCAUUUAGAAAAUUGCAAUUUCAUGGCAAAGAUGUAGAUUAAUGGAUUAAAUUGUGAUACAGGUUUCCAACCAAUCCUGGUCUUGUUGUUUAUUUCUACUGGGUGCGGCUGAAAAUUGAAAGCAAAAUGGGUGGUUGGUGGGGCCUCUGGUGUGACUAGCUCCUUCUUUCCUGUCAAACAUCUGUCUUCCAUAUCUUCUCUCCCCCCUCAAUUUUUUAAAUCUCUAGUAACACCACCUUAUCCUCUGCAUCUUUCUGACCUAAUUGUGUUGCAAUUGCCAUAAUGCUCUUACUUAAAUGAAAGUAAACAAUGGUUUCUUUGUUUCAAUAAAAUACUCAACUGUCAUCAUUUGAGGUGCCCAUUC